UAGUUGAGUUGGCGAGUAUUUUCGAGAAUAAUAAAGUUUCGAAGGAUACACUUAAAGUGUUGCAAUAAACUGUUUAAUUAACCAAAUGUAAAAUACAUUAAUACAGCUAAUCAUAUUUAAAUAGUAUUAGAAAUACAAAACAAGUCAGAAGUAAAGAUUAUUUUCCUUCAAGGAAAAAUUUUUAGGAAUACAAAAUAAAAUCUAGGAUUUAAUUAUCACAAUCUUGAUCACUUACAGAAAUACAUAUGUACAUAUGCUAAUACACACAUAUAGCAAAGUAUAUCAAUUUCUUAAUGAGAGCUUUAAUAUAAAAGCUUUUGUAUUGAAGCUUUAAGUUUGUAACUUUUACUUGAAAGCUUUUUUUCAUGAUCAGCUGUUUGUCUAUUCAGCGCAUGUGCUUCAGUUCGGGGUGAAUGCCAAAAAAACAGCUGAUCACAGCGUGGCAGAGCGUAAAAGUGAAAAACUCUCUUAGUUUUAUCGGAGUCGGAGCAGUUUCCCCUAAUUUCUGACUGCGAAAGUGAUGUUGCUUUGGUGUAAGACGGCUGCUUGCUGAUUUAAAAGUGUAAAAUAACUUCAAAGCGUUAGUUUUCGCAAUAACCUUGUAAAACGUUGACCGGCAUAACAAAGAGAACCCAUCGUUUACACGGAGUACGACCUACAAUUGUUAACCGAUCUUCACGUUACUCGCGGAUCUGAAAUUUGGAUGAUUGAUGGGGUUUACUAAAAGUGCAAAAAGUCUGGCUGUUUCUUACUUACGAAACAAAAUAUUUCACAGAAGUUCAACUCAGGAUAGAGUUUCAUUUUUGACCAGAUUUUAUAGCAAUUCUUGCUCUAUCAAUAUGGAUAAAGUGUACUUUCGAAAUGCAAGUGAUAGCAAGGACCUUGAUAUUGUUUUUCGGUUUGUGAACACCAACUUGAAUAUUAAUCGUGAAUUCAAUUUUCGUCGUCAAAUGAACGAACCUAUUAAUGCUAUAUUGGCCAGGAUUCAGAGCAAUAUCCAAAGUAGGCUUGCAAAACUAUACAAAAAAUCCGGUAAACCCCCGGCAGAGAUUAAUGUAAAGCUUUAUAGCGAUAGUUACGAUGGAAACUUCAAUGAAAUGACAUUUGAUGAACUUUUCACGAAAGAUAUCACUGGACUUAAACUGCAGGUGGUAGAUACUGUAUACGACAUGGUUUUUAACCCACCGUGGAUUUCAUCCCUUAAACUGCCUUCGUGUAUAUUAGCAGGAUUCGUGGUCUAUCCGACUAACGUGCAGAUUCAAUUCGGUCAACGUCGGCACAGUAAGGGAUUAUGGUAUAAGGCAAAACAGCCCACAGAUGCUGAAUGGGAACUAUGUGGAGAAGGAUUUCAGUAUCUAGUGACGCCUCAAGAUGUCGCCUAUUACCUUAAGUUUGCAUUAACCCCGAGAAAUGAACAGGGAGUGGAUGGUCCUGUAGUGGAAAAGGUAUCAGUUUCUGCGGUACAGCCUGCGCCCGGAAUUUGCCCAUUUCAAAUGCGCCACCGCCACACUCCGAAUUAUUUAAGAGACCCCAAUGAAAUUCGGGUGGUGACCUACAAUCUAUUGGCUGACUUGUAUGCGAGCAGUGAUUACGCAGGAUCAACCUUGUUUUCAUAUUGCCCAUCCAAAUAUCUGCAAAUCGACUAUAGAAAACCACUAUUUAUUAACGAAAUCAUUGGAUAUAACUCUGAUCUCAUCUGCCUACAAGAGGUCGAUCAACGGAUAUUUGAUUUUGACUUAAAGGAGAUUCUAGAACAACCUCCGUUCAAUUUUCAGGGUAUCCACGCCCCGAAAGGCAGUUGUGCAGAAGGAGUUGCCAUUUUCUUUAGAACAUCCCGCUUUGAAUUACUAGACUCUAAAGUAACGCAUUUGGGAUCUUGUAUCUCUGAACUGCCCGUGUUUGAAAGCCUUUGGAAUCAAAUCAAAGAGAAUACUCAAUUGGCAAAACGUAUUUGUGAUCGGUCCACAACUCUACAAACAUGUUUGCUAAGGGUAAAGGAAACCGACAAAUAUGUUCUUGUUGCCAACACGCAUUUAUAUUUUCACCCAGAUGCAGAUCACAUCAGACUUUUGCAAACGGGUUUUUCAAUGCUUUUUAUAGAGCACCUAAUAACUCAAGCUGUUAAGGAUUUCAAUAUCUGUAGCCGUCAAAAUAUUGGACUGAUAUUUUGUGGCGAUUUUAAUAGUGUUCCCGAAUGUGGAAUAUACAAGUUAAUGACAGAGCAAGUCGCGGAUGAAAGUCUGGAGGAUUGGCGCAGUAAUUCUGAAGAGGCCGUUUCAAAUGUUCAGCUUUCACAACCAUUCAAAAUGGUCUCGGCAUGUGGAGCACCAGAGUACACACACUACACCACUCUAUUUUCGGGAUGUUUGGACUACAUAUUCUACCAAAACGACUGCUUUGAAUUGAAACGGUAUGUUCCUUUGCCAACGGAGGACCAGUUAAAGGCUGAUGCUGGCAUUCCAUCAGCUGUAUUCCCAUCAGAUCAUGUUGCUCUUGUAGCCGAUCUUAGAUUUAAGUCAGAGUCUUGAAUAAAUAUUUUAAGGGAAUUUGAGGCUUGAUAAUACUUAAAUUAUUUUAAUAACUCGGGUAUUUCAAAAAUGUAGAUCAUUAUGAAUCCCAAAUUCUUUUGCAAAUCAAAUUUGUAUAUUUAAAUCUAACCUUAAAGAAAUAAAUAUUAACCGUUUUCAAAUCCAUUUUAAAAAAGUUUUUAUUACAUUUUUUUUUCUUUUUAUGUUUUGCAAAUCCUUAUAAAGUAGUAGUUGUAUGUUUUAUAAUCCAUGGAAUAUCAAAAAUAAGGAAAUUAAUGUAUACGAUAAAAAAAACAAAGAAUGUGUUGGCAAAACAAACCGAAAUAAAUUGCGGAAUAAAGUGACAACAAAUUGAGUAAAUCCCUGAGUGGCUUAGCUCGCUUGCAAGCUGCUGCCUUUCCCUGAUUCUGCUCCUGUUUUCCGGCUGAUUGCAGGACGCAGAGCAAUUAACGUGAAAAUUCGCCAAGGAAAAACCUUUCGACUAGGAGGUGGCAACAACAAAAAAGCUUAAAAGAAAACUGAAAGAGGAAAAAAUAUCCCAAGCCAACUGAAGUGAUUUUCGCACUAAUUAACUGCACUUAGUUGACACAUACCAAUCUAUUCACACCGCCACUCCCCACAACGUUGUCGUUUGCCAUAAUCAGAGCCAGUGCAGCAUUUUAAUUGGUUUCCACAGUGCUGCCAAUAUAAAGUCCCACAUGUGCAAUCGGAAUUUUCCACAGAAAUUAUUAGAAAGCGAGUGAAAUGUGUCUCGAUGUGCGCCGCAUUGGUGGUUGAAGUAAUAGUUCUUAAAUUAUAAUGUUGUCUGUGUGUGGAGGUUUGCAUUAUUAAUAUUAAGGCAUUGCCAAUGUCUAAAAGAUAAUAAUAAUAAAAUUAC